UGUGAUGUCGACGUUUAAUAACGCUAAGCAUGCCAAAGAAACAUUCACAAGAGGUGAGUAUAAAGAUAGCAGAUAUGGCGCAUUUAUGGACAGCAUCUACAAAGCGGAACACUAAAUGACCUUAUUGAAUCCAGAAAAAACCGACCUUAUUUCUGCCGAAGAGCAGCAAGAGUAUUUGCAGAAAUCUGCAGGUCGUUUAAAGAAAAUAGAAGGCCCAGUAUUCAGACUUUGGGCCUGUGAUAUUGCUCACAAAGGAAUCAUUUUGCAGGUUCAGAAGCACAAGACCGCUAAUAAGUACGGCGCGGAAAAUCUGGUAAUUGCGGAAGAUGUUGAAAAACUUAGUAGAAAUGUACAUUCGACACUGCCGCCCAGCUUCAACAUCCAGCCGCCUCCUGUUCGUCAAUUGAACUGGGAAACCAGUUUGAUGUGCACAGGAGAUGUCCAGGCACUGGGCAGCGGUUACCGGUAAUUGCCACGCCGUAAACCCCACCAGUUUAAGAAAGGUGGCAGGUACAUACUCAUGGGGAAAUUGCGAAAACAGAGAGAAAGUUUUAGUGGCAGAACAUAUGGCACACCACUUGGCCACACAAGAAAGUUAUUAUAAAGCGGUGCAAACUACAAAAAAUACUGUCAGAGCCCAUGAACUGAUAGAGGCGAUUGGGAAAAAGAAAUUCAGAAGAUAAAAUUUCAAAUUGUUACUAUAUUUACGUAUUAUCUGCAUCAUAAUAUAUUUUUCAGUCAAUGAUGUUUAUAAUCAUGAUGUGAUUAAAUAAACCAGGUAAAUAUGACAGAAAUGUAAAUUUAAGCAAGUCAAUUCCUGGAAGCGUGGUUGCCGUUUACUGUUCAUUUGUUUACACAAACACAAAAUACUGUAUUUCGAACCAGUCAACAAAACUCAGAGAACACUUGGUGCACCCGAAAGACAAGAUCACAAAAGAAAACACACUGUGGAGCCAUAUACAAAAUUGGUUGCCGGAAUUGUGACUCUGUUUACAUUGGGAAACGGGUAGACCCUUAAAGAAACAUCUGGAGGAACACAUGAAAGAUGUUGAUAAUGAUAAUAACGCAAAAAGAGUGCGGAUGCGCUUUUUAGUAGUCUUCAAAAAAAUGUCAAUUUUUUCAAGGUCCUCUUUCAGACAGUUCAUCGGUUUAGGAGGCAGUAUUUGAUUCCAUCACCAAAGGGUUAGCCUGCACAGAGCUGGGAACUGUCAUUUAUGCAUAUAGGCGUAUCAGUAGCCGACGGACGUACAUAUACUUGUUGACGUUAGAUUAGUCAAGUCUGGGUAGCUAGCCUCAAUAUGCUGCUUACCUUGCUUAAUUUGCUAUAUUUUCUUCCAUUGAAAGCUGAAUAUUUCAACUAUGCUUUUCUUUGAAUUAUGCUUUCAAUUAGUUCAUUUGAUUGGUUGUUCAGUCACUCACACUAUCAUUGGUAAACACAUGAUGUUUAUCAUACUGCCAUACAUGAUGUAUCAUACAUGAUACAUGAUGUUUAUCAUACUGCCUGCGCAGUAGCUAAGCGGUUUAAUAAUUAUCACAUGUUUCCUACAGUUCAGUUCUUUAAAAAACUACAGUAUGAUGAAAUUAUUGACUUUUCAAAUUUUUCAGAAGACCUACAUAUAUCUGAUCUGAACCCACUUUAAUUCUACAUUUUUGAUGUCUAAGUUUACAUUUAAUAUGUACAUUAACUUUAAUGCACCUUGGCGAUAUACUGUGCAUCUUUGGGCGUUUUCACUUUCUUAUCAGGCAAUCAGUCACAGUCCCCACCCCUUUGGUUGUUCAUUUGUUUAUUGUUUAUUUGCUGGGUGGGGUUGGAUGCACGGUGGGGUUGGGUCAGUGGUUGGAUGCACAGUGGGGUGUUUUUCGCAUUUUUCGGCACCCUCCUUUGUUUAAAAACAAAUAAUUGUUUAGGAGAACGUGUUAGCAGCGGCCAGUACUCAAACAAAAAAAAAACACAUAAAACAAGGAGGAGGAGUAGUGCCCCCAAGCAGGACCAGCAUGUGAUAUCACCAGGUCAGCCCGUGUAAGGGGAAAUAAUUUGAAUUACCAUUUAAAAUUAGAUUUAAUGCUGUUUUACAAUUUGAGAUUAGGCCUAUAUAUUUGAGAGAAUGCCUUGCAUUCCAUAAUUGCUUUGAAACCAAGGCCAGUGCUUAUAAUUCGCUUAAUUGUUUUUAACUGCUUUGGCUUUCCUAGAAUUCAAUUUUAAAAUAUUUUCGUAUGGGCAAUGAACACUAAUGAUUGUAAUCUUAAGCUGUGUCCAGACAAUCACAGGCCAAACUAAAUUUUAUUUUUAUUUUAGGCCUGAAACAAGCCUUGAGCUAUACUAUGUCAGACCUGCCAACUCACCCGAUCCUGUUGGGUGUCACCCGAUAUUUAAACAAAUCUCCAUUUCACCUGAUCGAAAGUAAUUUUCACCCGAUUUCACAGGCCACCCCCUCCCCAAAAAUACUCCGAUUUAUGCAUAAUUUGAUUGAUUUGAUCAUUAUUAUUCAAUAUAUUUGCCACCUGCUCACUUCGCGGUGCAAUAAACAGCCAUUUCCAAUUCGAAUGUAGCAACCCGUGGCCAAUGAUUUGUAGUGACGUGACUUUUUUGGUAUCUUGCAUCAUCUUUUGGUUAAUUAUGGAAACCUCCAGAUUUUUUGGUAAAUCUCCAGAUUUUUUUAAGAUUCUUAAAAAAAUCUCCAGAUUUUCAUGACCCAAGGGUUGGCAGGUGCUAUGUGUGCAUGCUUAUUAAGGUAAGUGUACAGGUUUUGAUGAGAGUAAGAAAACUCUAAAAAAAUUUUUUUUUUUUAAUUACAUUGCAAACUGUCCAGAAAAAGAAAUGAUAAGGAUAUUUAUAAAGGGGAAGACAUGAGUUUGCAAGUCAAAUAAUUUGAAUUGAAUGAUGACAUUUAAUAAUCCAAGCUGGCUUUCUAUCAGUUCCUAGCCUUUAGGGCAAAACCAUUACCAACCAUUUGAAGUGUUUCUCUCCAAGAAAACAGUCUACUUUUAGAAUUUAAAGGUCGAAUGAGUUUGUGGCA